AUGUGGGAGUCUGGAAAUGCAUAUUCCCUUGUUAACACUGUCAGGGGCAUCUAUGGCAGAAGCUUUUACCCUCAGGACAUCGACAUAUCCCACAUCUCUCACGUAUUCUACGCAUUCUUGGGUGUCAAACCCGAUGGGACAGUAUACUCCAGAGACGAACAUGCCGACUUUAUGGCACAAUUUGAGGGAGAUAGCUACGAAGAACAUAAAAGGAAUGCCUACGGAUGUGUGAAGCAGCUCUUCCUGUUAAAGAAAUCCAACCGUCACCUCAAGACUCUCCUUUCCAUCGGCGGGUGGGGAGCCGGGCCUACGAACUUCAGCUCUGCCGCAAGCACGCCUGAAAAUCGUGCCAGAUUCGCCUCGACUUCGGUCCACUUGAUGUGGAAUUUGGGUUUCGACGGUGUCGAUAUCGAUUGGGAGUUUCCGGAUGAUGCAAUCGAUGCUACCAAUUUUGUUCUCCUCCUUCACACUAUACGGGAUGAACUUGACUUAUAUACAAGGAAGUUCGCCUCUGGCCAUCGUUUCCUACUGUCCAUUGCCGCCCCUGCUGCUCCUGAGCAUUACAAAAACCUUCAUCUGAACAGCAUAGGUGGAAUUGUUGACCAAAUCAACCUCAUGGCCUAUGACUACUCUGGAAGCUGGGAUCAUAUCAGUGGUCAUAACGCCAAUCUUUUCCCGUACAAACGUGAUGUCAAAACGCUCAAUAUCGACUAUACCCUCAAGGAAAGCUUUGAAAUGGCGAUCAAUACCGACUAUGCUAUCAAGGACUACCUUGAAGCUGGGGUGCCCGCUGAAAAGAUUGUCCUCGGCAUGCCUGUCUUCGGCCGCUCCUUUGAAGAUAACUUGGGUCUUGGAAAGACCUUUAACGGUGUUGGAAAAGGUUCCUGGGGAGAGCGAGGUGUCUGGGAUUACAAGACACUUCCCAAGGAAGGCGCUAUAGUCAUGUACGACCCAAAUGCCCAAGCUUCCUAUAGUUAUGACGAGAGAAAACGCGAAUUAAUCUCCUACGACACUCCGUACACAGUUCAGAAAAAGGCGGAAUAUGUGCUAGAGCAUGGCCUCGGCGGAAGCAUGUUCUGGGAGGCUUCUGCGGACAAGCAGGGAGACGAGUCCCUUAUCGGCACAAGCUAUCGCACCUUGGGGAGCCUGGAAAUGACAGAGAACUGGCUGGAUUAUGCGAAUUCGUACUUUGACAAUAUUGCGACAAAGAUGGGUGGGGACUAUGAUCGCUAUGUCUGA